AUGUCUCUUCGUGCUCUCCGUCCCGCUCUCCGUGCCGUCCGCACCGCGCGCCUCCCCGUCGCCCGCGUUGUCGCUGCGCGCGCGUUCCAUGUCUCGCGUUCCGUGUUCAGCGCUGGCGAGAGCGACGGCGAGCUCGCGGCCGCCCUGGCUGCCGAGCACGCGUACGAGACCGAGGGCGCUAGCUCGUCCAAGCCUGGGUUCCUGCAGGAGCUCGAGGCCGAGGGUGUCUGGAGCGUGUCCGACACUGUCAACUCCGACGAUGUUGUGAUUUCGCGCAAGUUUGGCGACGAGAGCCUCAAGCUCACGUUCCAGAUCUCGGACCUGGACAACACCGACCCGGUUGAGAGCGUCGACGCCGACGGCAACAUUGUCGAGGACGUUGCGCCUGCGUUCAUCACCUCGUCGCUUCUCGUCACCAAGAGCGGUGCAAAGAAGGCGCUCCUUGUUGACCUUGGCGCGUCGCCCGACGGCUUCGAGGUCACCAACGUAGCCAUCUACGAGAAGGCGCUUGCUGAGGCCAACGGCGCCGAGGGCGACUGGAAGCGCCGGUCCAGCUACAUGGGUCCUCAGUUCGACACCCUCGACUCGGUUGUCCAGGACGCGUUCCAGGCCUACCUCGCCGAGCGUGGCGUCGACGCUGCCCUCUCCAACUUCAUCGUCUCGUACUCCGAGUACAAGGAGCAGAAGGACUACGUCGGCUGGCUCGCCGACGUCAAGGAGUUUGUCAACGCCAACUAA